UAUUUUAAUUUUUUAUAGACAAUCAUUGUCAAUCAAUAGGCUACUGUAGCUAUCUGAUGCAUGAGCGAUGCACCCAGAACACAGCAGUAACCCCUCUACUGGACAGGAUAAGAUGGGGGUCAACGGGAUAGGAGACAAUCAGACGGAGGAGGAAGCAUCGAGCGGCGAGCCGCCGACAGAACACUGUAAUGAGGCUACUGCAGACUCUGAAAUGGAGCAGAAAGGUGGUUCUCCCCAAGACCAGGAGGAGAACCAGCAAGCACAGAAGGAGGACAAGGGCCAGGACCUGGGAGAUAGCGAAUGCAAGAUCCCACAUGAGGACAGCACUAUCCAGCUAAUCGAGGCUGGAUGUCUCGAUAGUAAACCCGGUGUGUCUCCGGAUUCCCAGUCUCAGUCCCCCGCACCGAUGCCAGGGCAGAGCCCCGGGUUCGUCCCACCCGAGGGCGGGUUCGGCUGGUUAGUUGUUUUCGCUGCUACCUGGUGUAAUGGAUCCAUCUUCGGGAUACAGAACUCCUUCGGUAUCCUCCACAUGAUGCUAGUGAACGACCACGCAGACCCCAAUGACAAAACGUCGCAGUUUAAAGUAGGUGAGUCUGUCCUGUAACUGUUGCACCUGUUAAAGUUAGCCUACUGAUGCUGACUUACUGUCGAAGGUAAGCGAGAAGGGUCAAAUAAACAUGGUCAGAACUAGAAGAAUGCUCAGCAUUGUCUCAAGACGAUAUUGAAGUAAAACAUUAGUGACAUUUUUGAUUAUUGAUCAUAUCCAUAUUUGCUCCUCUGAUGUGUCAGAGAAUUUAGGCUACUACUUCAGUCUCAUCAUCAUCUGUCUGAAGAAUCUUCAGCCUACUUCAAGUCAAUGUAUAGACUAUACAUAGACCUAGGCCAUAUAGCACCAGAGUUUCCUUGCAUUAACUUUCUGGUCACGGCUCUAAUUCUGUCAUACCGCUGGAUAACAUACCAUCCUUAUGUUCGCCUCUUAUGUUGUUAAUGUAUUUUCCACGUGACAAAGGCACUAGUGUGUACCACUAAAAUAAGCCCUCUGGUUGCAUGUCAGUUUUACCAAAGCCCUCUGUUAUGUUGUGUCCUUAAUCUUCACCCCCAAUCUGUUUAGCAUUUAUCAGGCUUUUAUUUUAUAACAUAGACACACACACACACACACAGCUCUUUUGCCUCACCGCAUCAGGGCCGUACGUACUCACAAAGCAUCUCAGAGUAGGCGUACUGAUCUAGGAUCAGGUCCCAUCCUGUCCAUGUGAUCUAAUGCAUUAUGAUCUACAGUAUAAGGGAAAACCCUUAGUGUAUACAGGUCCUGAUGCAGGCCAGGGAUGAUCUAUAUUAUAAGGGAAAACUCUUAGUGUAUACAGGCCCAGCUUAAUCGGAUGACGAGUGUCAAGACCUCUCCCUCUCUUAUUUUUCCAUCGUUAAGAUUUUUUAAUGUUUAGGUCCAUCCAGGAUCCUGAUUUCUAAUCUUGAAAAAGGCAUCCACUGUUCUCAUAUCAAAAGGGAUUAGAUUAGUGAGCUGUAGUCAGAUCUCCCAGCUCGACUAGCUCGCCCAGGGAAACGGUACGGUGCAAAGGGGUUAUAGACCGCCUGGCACGGAAUCACAUCUCUCAGCUGAGCCCACCCUGAGUGCAGUGCCCAGGCCUGUACCCACUCCAAAUACCUCUCCAGAGUGAGACCUGAAGUAGAAUUUACAUUGAUGCGAACUCUGUGUAAUCAAUGCCCAUUGGCCAGUGAGAUCCCAGGGCCAGUCAAAACCAUAUCCACAGUAAGACACACUAGUUCUCCCAAUAAGAUCGAUGAGGAGGGAAAUCGGGUACCAAUCAUUGCCCAGUGGUGCUUGUUUUGAUCAAAGAGUCCGAAUCUCUACCAAACAGACAUCAUGACAUGUUUAGAUUAUUACUAUGUAAUUACACAGGUACAAAUUAUGGCCUGAGAUUAUCUGGGGGUAUCAACACCAUUGGGCUAAGUGUGUAGAAGGAUCCACAUAUCAAGAUGGAGGAAAUCCUCCUUUUAUGUCUUUAAUCAAAUCAAUAGUUUCAUGAUCUGAACCAGAUGGGCGAGAGGUGAAUCCUUAUCAACUCGCUGCCUGAGGAGCGAGUUUUGGAGGUAUCACGGUGAAGUGAAAGAAGGGAGUGAGGGACUUAAAGUAGUGGAAAGAGGGGUGGAAAUAGUGAGGGAGGGACAUAACAAAAGAGAACGAGGGGUGGAAGGAGUGAGGGAACAUUCAGUUCCUUGAAGUUAACACUGUCUGUGUCCCAAAUGCAGGUUGGCAUUUAUUGUCAUGAAUCUUGCCCUGGAGGCAGCUCUGCAGAGUGGUCACUAGCUGGCACAGCCACAAUGUCAUAAAAUCAGAUUUUAAACUGAACCUUAACCACACUGCUAACCCUAACCUUAAAUUAAGACCAAAAAGCCUCCAGGGCAAGAUUCAUGACAAUGAAGAUCAAUCUGCAUCCCAAAUGGCCCCCUAUAGCCUUUAUGAUGCACUACUUUAGACCAGGGCUAAUAGGGUUCUGGUCAUAAGUAGUGCACUGAAUAGGAAAUAGAGUUCAGUUUGGGACGUAACCACUGUAAAUCUGAGAGUGUUGUCAGAAUGGUAGAAACUUUGGUUUCACUUAUCAAAUUGCAUACUGAUCAGUGAUUAAUUACCUGAAGGAGAGAAGGAAGGAAAACUGAUGCAUUUUCGAACAGGGUAUCAAUCUAGGAGUGAGGGGAGGAAAGAUAUGGAGUGGGUGAUGGACAUACAGUAUGGAGUGAAUGAUCCCAGGCCAGGGAAUUGCUGAAAGAGAUACAGACUUAGGCCUUGUGACCCAUAAGGCUUGGAAUGGCUAUGGAUUGCAGUGAAAUAGAGAGCGACAGUCAGUGAUUUAUUGUGGGGGUGUGUGUCCUUUUAUUGUAGCUUUCUGGAGUCUAAAAUAACUGUUAUGGCCAUGCUCAUAAGGGCUAUUUACUGUCAGCACUUAUGUCUUCAUUCCAAACCACCGGAAAUGUAUUUUAUGUUGGCUAUAUUUGGGGAGUUGAUGCCCUCCAGAUGCCCUAUGGCCUGAAACAUGAAUAGAGAGCAGACAUGACUGUCUGGCGCCAUUCAUUUACAGCACAACAAACAAGAAUCCUCUUACUCCAUCUGUCUGGACCUUCUGGUUUAGUGCAUUUUACUACAUUUUAUUUGCCCUGAAAUAGAAAUAUGCAUCUGGCUUACAGACUGAGGGAAACGCAUUUACAGGAUUUAAAGACUUGAUGCUUGAAAUAUCGACACUAGUUUGUACAUAACAUCCCUGUGUACAGUAUUAUGGUCAGUUAAAUAUGAGUAGAAUACAGUAGUGGGACUAUCCCUAAAAUUGGCAAUUUGUCCAUAAUUUCAGAAAGAAGUCUAUUCAAUGGUAUCUGUAUGCUGUCUCUCUCCCAUCCUUAUAAGCCAUAGAAAUAUUCCACUCUGUGCCCAUUUAGAUCAUGAGGUUAUGUUAAUGAUUUAUUUGUUCUCUGGGACCUGACAAACAUAAUCCACUAAAAGGAGAUUUGAUUUCAGAUCUCCGUUUUUGAUGUAUAGCUGUCAUUUGUUUCCAUUAUUUUACAAGAUACUGUUAUUACAGUACUGUACGAUAGACUAGCGUCCUUACAGGGGGUUUAGUUAUACAUCAAGCUGCCUCAUGUUAGCGAAACAGGCUCCUGCCUUAUGGCUAGUUUUGGCUCGGACAAGACUACGCACUUUGUAAGACAAUACAUUAUCUUUACCAUGCCUAUGAUCAUUUACCCAUGAGUAAUGAACUUGUUCCGAAACUUCACCCUCUCUGUAGUCUCUCUGGACUAGAACAGUGGCCAGCUACAGUAUAAAUCCUAACAACUUGCAGUUUAAGGAAAAAUGUGGCAUGUUCCAAUCGGAUCAGGGCCCUUUGUCCAGUCCACUGCCUCCCCCUCCAACGCAUUUUAGACCCAAUCAAAUACUUGCCCAAUCCUCAACAGUUUGUCUGUGUAUGUACUUUAGGCCACUUAAUUGUGCACAGAAGCUGCAAGGUAGUUUCACUCCUCAUAGUGUAUUUAGACCCAUUGAACAACUUCUUUCAAAAGCUCAUUAUAGUGUGAAACUGUGCAUAUAGUCUACUCAUGCAUACAGUAAAUACAUUAGUGUGUAUACCCAGCAAACAAAAAUAGGUUCUGUGAACGUUCCCAGAACAUUCAUUAGGUUGCCCAAAAAGCUCAAAUAACACAUAAAUUGUCCAGUUUUGCUGAUAAUUAUAAAAUGUUUGUAUGAAACAUUUGUCUGAUGUUGCAAGAACAUUCCCAGAACACAUUUUGUUAUUACAUUACCUGGAAAUCUAAUAAGAACCUUAUGGGAAUGUUCAGUAGUGGUUGUUACAGAUGUUGUAUAUAACAUUUUAGUUAAUGUUAGGAGAACAUUCAAAGGAUAUUUCAUAAAAAAAAGAAAACGUUUUUUUGAUGUUAUCCAGGGGUUGGAACCAGUUCAGGGAACAGAACUGAAACCUAAAAGAUAACGAAACGGGACCAGGAACGAAAGUGACCCAUACUGUUCCGGAACAGAAUCGUUAUUUUAAAAGUAUGGGAACCAGUUAAUAACGUUGUUAUACGUUUCAGCCAUUUUUUUCUAGUCCCACAAAACAAAAAAAGCGCCUAUGCAAAACCCUCACUCUGUCACUCAGAAACCUAUUCCAGUGUCUGCCUGCAAGCUUAAAAUCUUUGCCAGUGUGUGUUCGUGUUUAGGCUCCGUGCCCCUCUCCCCUCCGAAGCAUAGGCUACUGUACUGACGUUACAAGCGUGAUUCAGAAGAUGGGGAGAGAGAUUUUUAAUUAGCUAGAGAAGAAUGGAUUAACUUUUUCAAUGCUAGUUAAGGAUACUAUAUUCCUAGUUAUCACGUUUCACAUUGGAUUUAUUAACUACAAAAAGGUAAGACCUCUUUUUCAUUCUGGUGCCGCUCUGCACACUCAAGCUUGUUAGCUAGCUAGCUCAAAGGACAUUAAAAGUUCCUCCAUAGAAGCUGCUCAUCCUAGUUAUAAUUCUGUGGACCUAAUUCAGAUAAUGCAUGUCAUAACAAGAUGCCCAGCACUUCAAGCCUCCUCCUCAACCCUCUCUUGAUCUCUCCCCACCCGCAAAAUUUCAGUCGCAUCUUGCGCCAUAGGCUACACUUGUCUGUCCAUCAUGUAUGUAAACAACUAGCUUGCCUGCUCUAUCCACACUGAUUGGUGAAGUAAUUUAAUGAGCUUAAUGUAAAAAUAAAGUUGAUUUCACAGGUUAGGGAGAUUUCAGGGAGAAUAGUGAGCUCACACAGUAAGUGUGGUCACUGUCUCUUUAAGUAGCUAACAGCCUCCUCCUGGCAUCUGAGGAACAAUCAUGCAGCCUGGGGCCCGAGAGGAGGGAAGGAGAGAAAGGGAGAGAGGGAGAGGGGUUUCUUCUCUUUCUGCGAGCCUGUCACUAUGUGUCUGUCACUGCUCCUGGAUCAUGCUCCUAGAAAGAAGCAUGUUUCUCUCCCUCCUCUGCAUGUGUUUCUCUCUCUUUUCUUUUUUCCCCUCUCCUUCUCCCUCGCUCUCUCUUUCCUUUUGAAGGGUUCAGACCUAAUUAUUUAUGAGUGCACUCUGGCUGCUUUAUUAAGACCCUGGGCUGCUGGGAGAGACGUGGGGGAUGAGGGGAGAGAGAGAUGGAGGUAUAGAGGGAUGAGGAGAUGAGAUGGAGGGGUGGAAGGUGGAGGGGUGGAAGGUGGAGGGGUGGAAGGUGGAGGGGUGGAAAUGUUGAGAAGAUUAUAGGGCUCAGUGGGUGGAUGGAAUGAAGGGGUGUGGAGUUGGUCAAGCAUCAAGGGUUUCUACUAUAUGCUUUCUGUGGCUGCCUCUGAAAUGGUAACCUAUUCCCUAGAUAGUGAACUACUUUUGACCAGGGCCGACGCAUUCUGUCUUUAUUCCUCCCCUGGUCCGUUCUGCGUGGUUUGCUUCCUUUUGGCUGAUGUGAGUUACAGUUAUCAUUUUGUCUUAAAACCGAACACCAACUAACUGGAAGUUUUACUGUAAAACAUAAUGUUGUAUAUAAAACAUGUUCGAUGAAUAAUAGUCUCUUUCUUCUUCUCUUCUAUAUCAAUAAACCCCAGAGAGGCCUAACCUAACCUAACAACCUAACAACCUAACCUAACAACCUAACAACCUAACCUAACAACCUAACCUAACAACCAACCUAACAUCCUAACCUAACAACCUAACCUAACAACCUAACAACCUAACCUAACAACCUAACAACCUAACCUAACAACCUAACGUAAACAACCUAACCUAAACAACCUAACCUAAACAACCUAACCUAACAACCUAACCUAAACAACCUAACCUAAACAACCUAACCUAAACAACCUAACCUAACAACCUAACCUAAACAACCUAACCUAACCACCUAACCUAAACAACCCAACCUAACCACCUAACCUAAACAACCUAACCUAACAACCUAACCUAAACAACCUAACCUAAACAACCUAACCUAAACAACCUAACCUAAACAACCUAACCUAAACAACCUAACCUAAACAACCUAACCUAACCACCUAACCUAAACAACCUAACCUAAACAACCCAACCUAACCACCUAACCUAAACAACCUAACCUAACAACCUAACCUAACAACCUAACCUAACAUAACCUAACCUAACUUAAUAAAACGUUUUUUUGUAGUCUAUGUACAUUCUCCAUGUUUCCUACAUUGUAGCAAGUUAGCAGCUGAUCUAUAUUCUACUGUAAGGCGGUCCAGCGUAUUGCCUCUCAUAUCGACAAAUAUCCAUUUGCCAUGUUUGCUUACUGCUUUGGCCGGGGAAGAAGAAACAUUGAAUGGCUGCCACGGGAAAUAUGGGGUCUGCUCAGAUCUCACAUGAACAGAUCCCUCUUUCGUUGUCGUCCUCCCAAUAAUAAAAAUAAUAAUAAUAAUAAUAUAUAAUUUUAUAGUGCUUUUCAUUACAAACAGAAUCUCAAAGUUGCUUUAAAAACCUGGUUAUUAUUAUACAGUACAGGUUAAAUUUAGGUGGGUACAACAUGUUUCUAUUCAGGUAUGAUUAACCCUACUGGCACAGUCAUACAGCAUGUUAAUAUUAUACUAGAUCAGCUGUUAUUAAAUAGGUUACAUACAGUGCAUUCGGAAAGUAUUCAGACCACUUCACUUUUCCACAUUUUGUUACUUUACAGUCUUAUCCUAAAAUGGAUUACAUUACUUUUUUCCCUCAUCAAUCUACACACAAUACCCCAUAAUGACAAAGCGAAAACAGGUUUUUAGAAAUUUUGUAAAUGUAUUAAAAAACAACAACAGAUACCUUAUUUACAUAAGGAUUCAGACCCUUUGCUAUGAGACUUGAAAUUGAGCUCAGGUGCAUCUUGUUUCCAUUGAUCAUCCUUGAGAUGUUUCUACAACUUGAUUGGUGUCCACCUGUGGAAAAUUAAAUUGAUUGGACAUGAUUUGGAAAGGCACACAUCUGUCUAUAUAAGGUCCCACAGUUGACAGUGCAUGUCAGAGCAAAAACCAAGCCAUGAGGUCAAAGGAAUUGUCCGAGACAGGAUUGUGUCGAUGGCACAGAUCUGGGGAAGGGUACCAAAAAACGUCUGCAGCAUUGAAGGUCCCCAAGAACACAGUGGCCUCCAUCAUUCUUAAAUGGAAGAAGUUUGGAACCACCAAGAUUCUUCCUAGAGCUGGCCGCCCAGCCAAACUGAGCAAUCGGGGUAGAAGGGCCUUGGUCAGGGAGGUGACCAAGAACCCGAUGGUCACUCUGACAGAGCUCCAGAGUUCCUCUGUGGAGAUGGGAGAACCUUCCAGAAGGACAACAUCGCUGCAGCACUCUACCAAUCAGGCCAUUAUGGUAGAGUGGCCAGAUGGAAGCCACUCCUCAGUAAAAGGCACAUGACAGCCCGCUUGGAGUUUGCCAAAACUCUGGUCUGAUGAAACCAAGAUUGAACUCUUUGGCCUGAAUGCCAAGCGUCACGUCUGGAGGAGACCUGGCACCAUCCCUACGGUGAAGCAUGGUGGUGGCAGCAAGAAUGGGAGAAACUCCCUAAAUACAGAUGUGCCAAGCUUGUAGUGUCAUACGCAAGAGGACUCAAGGCUGUAAUCGCUGCCAAAGGUGCUUCAACAAAGUACUGAGUAAAGGGUCUGAAUACUUAUGUAAAUGUCAUAUUUUGGCAAAAAUAAAUUUAAAAAACGGUUUUUGCUUUGUCAUUAUGGGGUAUUGUGUGUAGAUUGAUGAGGAAAACAACCCAAAAUGUAAUCAGCAGGACAAUGACCCUAAGCAUACUGCUAAAACAACACUCGAGUGGUUUAAGGGGAAACAUUUAAAUGUCUUGGAAUGGCGUAGUCAAAGCCCAGACUUCAAUCCAAUUGAGAAUCUGUGGUAUGACUUAAAGAUUGCUGUACACCAGCGGAACCCAUCCAACUUGAGGGAGCUGGAGCAGUUUUGCCUUGAAGAACUGGCAGAAAUCCCAGUGGCUAGAUGUGCCAAGCUUAUAGAGACAUACCCCAAGAGACUUGCAGCUGUAAUUGCUGUAAAAGGUGGACUUUGGAAGGGUGAAUAGUUAUGCAUGCUCAAGUUUUCAGUUUUUUUGUAUUAUUUCUUGUUUGUUUCACACCAAAAAAUAUUUUGCAUCUUCAAAGUGGUAGGCAUGUUGUGCAAAUGAUACAAACCCCCAAAAAAUCAAUUUUAAUUCCAGUUGUAAGGCAACAAAAUAGGAAAAAUGCCAAGGGGGGUGAAUACUUUCGCAAGCCACUGUAGGUUAACCUUACUGCUGUGGGCAUGAGCACCAGGUGUAAGUUAACAGUUUAAAUCGGGUUGACGUGUUCUUCUGCAGUGCACACACAUGUUGACUUCUGGAGGUUGUCAACAGGUUGGUUGUAAAAGGUUGCACAGAGGUUGUACACGGGUUGUAAAUAUGUUGCAGACAGGGCAUAGACAGGUAGCAGACAUGUUGUACUUUAGACAGACUGUCCAGACAGCACAGACCCGUUAUCAGUCGACACACAUAAUUGACAUGUACUGUAACAAGUACCAUGUUGAAGGACACAGAUUAAGGGAUUCAUCCUACCUUGUCCUUACUGUAGUUAAUGACCCUCUUAUCUAGGUAGCUCUCGUGUUGCUUGGAAACAGAUUUGAGGUUACCUUUUGAGUGUAUCAAUAUGGAAAAUAACCAUGUAUUAAUGUGUGGAUUAUAGUAACUAUUUUCCCUGUCCUCCAUCCCAUCUCACACUACCUUCAAUAUCCAUCCCUCCCUCCCUCUUCCCGACCUGUCCCUACCUCCCUCCCCCUCGCCUCCUUCCCUCCAGCCUGGGUGGGGGCCCUGGCGAUGGGCAUGAUUUUCUUCUGUUCCCCGGUGGUCUCCAUGUUCACUGAUCACUUCGGCUGCAGGAAGACCGCUGUGGGCGGGGCCACCAUGGCCUUCAUCGGACUCCUCAGCUCUGGCUUCGCAACGUAAGAGAACCUUCUGUUCUAGAGCCCUUUUAGAACCCUCAAAACAUUCUAGAAUCAUUAGAACACUCCACACCUUCUAGCACUAUUACAACCCAUCUAUUCUAGAGCCCUUCUAGAACCCUCCACAAUCUCUCUUUGUAUGUUUUGCCACUCUUUUUGCCUAUCAUUUCUUUUACACGUCCUGCCCUCAGUGACCGGAGCAUUACACAUUCAUGCUAGGGUGUCACAGGCUCUGUUCCAAUAUUGACACUAACUUAUUGCUUAUAAGGAAGUAAUGUAUUGGAUAUAUAUUCUAGGUGCUAAGUUAUGCUAGUGUGGGUAGUGUGGAACAUAGCACAGUAGUGAGAACGCCUGCCUCUUCACCCAUUAGAAUUGACAUGCAUUAGUUUUCCACUGUGUUUACUUACCUCUACCCCCUACCCACCAAGGUCCCUCAGCCUACGGUAUUUCACCUAUGGGAUCCUGUUUGGCUGUGGUUCGUCCUUUGCCUUCCAGCCCUCCCUGGUGAUCCUGGGCCACUACUUCCAGCGGCGGCUGGGCCUGGCCAACGGUGUGGUGACGGCGGGCAGCAGCCUGUUCUCCAUGGGCCUCCCGGUGCUGCUCACCAAGGUGGUGGAGCCACUGGGCCUCAGCAGAACCUUCCAGAUCCUCAGCCUCUUCAUGCUGGUACUGUUGUGAUGUGUCCAAUGAUCAUCCAUUACACUGCCUGUUUGUUUACAUCUUACUGAUUUCUGUCAUUUGAAUGAUGCGACUCGUUGAAGUAAACGUCAGAUUCGACUUUGAACAAGUGUUUAUUUUCGUUCUUAUAAACAUAACAGGUCCAAGCCCUGCUGGCCCUGACCUUCAGACCCCUGCUGCCCCAGGGAGCUUCAAUGGGACCACCAGGACCAGUGGGCCCCGCCGGGUCCAUACCCCAGACAGGAGCCACUGCCCGGGGCAGCCGCUGGAGCAGAGCCCUGACCCAGGUCCGGAAGGCCUUUAACGUGAAGGUGUUCCACAUCGUCACCUACCGGGUGUGGGCGUUCGGGGUGGCUACGGCUGUGCUGGGUUACUUUGUGCCCUACAUCCACUUGGUAAGGGCUCAGGGACCAUCAAUACAAUUUCUUCAAGAUGUGACCUUGUUAUUGUGCUGUAUUUAGGGCAACGUUUUCUGCUCGUAAAGACACCUGCGCUGUGAGUGAAAUUAUAAUGAUAGAAUUAUAAUAAUCUGCAGCACAAUUUAUGAUGUAACUUUUCUUUAACAAUUUCCAUUUAGAAUGUUGCUGUGUGUUAGUUCACAGCACAGCUGUUUUUGCAAGGGGAAAAGAAUGUCGCCCUUACUGCUUUUAGUGUCAGCUUGAUUGGCAUGUUGGAAAACUAGACUUUCUGACCAAGAGUUCACCAAGUCGACUUCAGAGGAAAUCUUGUGUAAUAUUGUGUUGUGUUAGGUUACAUUGUGUGUUGAGUUAGGUUGUGUCAUAUUGUGUUAGGUUACAUUGUGUGUUGGGUUAGGUUACAUUGUGUGUUGUGUUAGGUUACAUUGUGUGUUGGGUUACAUUGUGUGUUGGGUUACAUUGUGUGUUGUGUUGGGUUACAUUGUGUGUUGGGUUACAUUGUGUGUUGGGUUAGAUUACAUAGUGUGUUGUGUUGGGUUACAUUGUGUGUUGGGUUAGGUUCCAUUGUGUGUUGGGUUAGGUUACAUUGUGUGUUGGGUUAGGUUACAUUGUGUGUUGGGUUACAUUGUGUGUUGGGUUAGAUUGUGUGUUGGGUUAGAUUACAUUGUGUGUUGUGUUGGGUUACAUUGUGUGUUGGGUUAGUUUACAUUGUGUGUUGGGUUAGGUUACAUUGUGUGUUGGGUUACAUUGUGUGUUGGGUUAGAUUACAUUGUGUGUUGUGUUGGGUUACAUUGUGUGUUGGGUUAGAUUACAUUGUGUGUUGUGUUGGGUUACAUUGUGUGUUGGGUUAGGUUACCUUGUGUGUUGGGUUAAGUUACAUUGUGUGUUGGGUUAGGUUACAUUGUGUGUUGGGUUAGGUUACAUUGUGUGUUGGGUUAGGUUACAUUGUGUGUUGGGUUGGGUUACAUUGUGUGUUGGGUUAGAUUACAUUGUGUGUUGGGUUGGGUUACAUUGUGUGUUGGGUUAGAUUACAUUGUGUGUUGGGUUAGGUUACAUUGUGUGUUGGGUUAGGUUCAUUGUGUGUUGGGUUAGGUUACAUUGUGUGUUGGGUUAGGUUCAUUGUUGUUGGGUUAGGUUACAUUGUGUGUUGGGUUGUUACCAUGUGUGUUGGGUUAGGUUACAUUGUGUGUUGGGUUAGGUUACAUUGUGUGUGUUGGUUGGGUUACAUUGUGUGUUGGGUUAGAUUACAUUGUGUGUUGGGUUGGGUACAUUGUGUGUUGGGUUAGAUUACAUUGUGUGUUGGGUUGGGUUAAAAUUGUGUGUUGGGUUAGAUUACAUUGUGUGUUGGGUUGGUUACAUUGUGUGUUGGGUUAGGUUACAUUGUGUGUUGGGUUGGGUUACAUUGUGUGUUGGGUUAGAUUACAUUGUGUGUUGGGUUAGGUUACAUUGUGUGUUGGGUUAGGUUACAUUGUGUGUUGGGUUAGGUUACAUUGUGUGUUGGGUUAGGUUACAUUGUGUGUUGGGUUAGAUUACAUUGUGUGUUGUGUUGGGUUACAUUGUGUGUUGGGUUAGAUUACAUUGUGUGUUGGGUUAGGUUACAUUGUGUGUUGGGUUAGGUUACAUUGUGUGUUGGGUUAGGUUACAUUGUGUGUUGGGUUAGAUUACAUUGUGUGUUGGGUUAGGUUACAUUGUGUGUUGGGUUAGGUUACAUUGUGUGUUGGGUUAGGUUACAUUGUGUGUUGGGUUAGAUUACAUUGUGUGUUGGGUUAGGUUACAUUGUGUGUUGGGUUAGGUUACAUUGUGUGUUGGGUUAGAUUACAUUGUGUGUUGGGUUAGGUUACAUUGUGUGUUGGGUUAGGUUACAUUGUGUGUUGGGUUAGGUUACAUUGUGUGUUGGGUUGUUACAUUGUGUGUUGGGUUAGGUUGUUGUGUUAGGUUACAUUGUGUGUUGGGUUAUCAUUGUGUGUUGGGUUAGAGUUACAUUGUGUGUUGGGUUAGGUUACAUUGUGUGUUGGGUUGGUUACAUUGUUGUUGGGGUUACAUUGUGUGUUGGGUUAGGUUACAUUGUGUGUGGGUUAGGUUACAUUGUGUGUUGGGUUGGGUUACAUUGUGUGUUGGGUUACAUUGUGUGUUGGGUUAGGUUACAUUGUGUGUUGGGUUAGGUUACAUUGUGUGUUGGGUUAGAUUACAUUGUGUGUUGGGUUAGUUACAUUGUGUGUUGGGUUGGGUUACAUUGUGUGUUGGGUUAGGUUGUGUCAUAUUGUGUCAGACUGACCCACUUAUCUAAAAUAAGCAGCGAGUGAUAUUGUUGCAUGGUGAUGUGAGGAGCAUCAAGGAGACACCUUGUCACGGCAAUAUGUUAUAUGAAAACUGCCAGAGGGAUGAGGAAGGAGGACCGAAGGAGAGAGGGAGGGAAGCAGUGUUGCCAACUAAUUUUCAGGGGAAGUUGCUAGAGGUAGGUCGAUUUGUUGCUAAAAGUUGCUUGUUGAUGUCGUUACUUAAUAACGUAAAACUGCGUCAUUACGUAGAAUACACAAAAUCAUUACUCAAAUAGACUGGCCAUCUCGGCAACAAAUAUGAUUUGACAUUUGUUAGUUUAGAUUUGUUUGUUUACCAUCACAUAUUUUUAUUUGUAAAAGUAAUAUAAACACAACACAUUUUAUAUGAUCAGAUAUUUUUAUUUUUAAACACAACACCUUGAAUUAUUGAACAAUUGCACAUUUAUUGAACAAUUACAUUUUCUUAUUAACUAGUAAACCUACACAUUCUGAACAAUUAUAGUUUUAAGCAGUGUAUUGGUAGUUAGUUAACAUGCUACCUAACUGAUCAACAAUUAUAGGUACAAGCUAAUAACAAGGGAUACAUGCUAUCUUAUUGAACAAGCAACUUAACUCAAAUAAUUAUGUGUGCGCUAGGCAGCUCUCUCCAGCUCUCUCUAGGUUGUUGUGCUGCUUGGCUGGCCUGCUGCUGCCUGUGCACGAGAUGAGCGCCUGCUGCUGACGUCACUCACAAUGCACUUUUGCAGCCAGGCACGUGUGUUGUGACUGAGUGUGUGACAGAGAAAAUCGUUUUUGUGUCAUUUAGAGGGGAAAUGGGUGCAUUUUAGCGUUUGAGUCACUUUUCAAAAGUUGCUAAAAGUUCAAAAUAUAUUUUUUAAAGUAGCUAAAUUUGUUGCUAGGUGCUGUUUGAAAAUAAAGUUGCCAGGGUAGUCUGAAAAGUUGCUAAAUCUAGCAACAAAAUUGCUAAGUUGGCAUCACUGGAGGGAAGGAGUAGAACGUGAGAGAGAGGGAGGGAAGAAGUAGAAAGAGAGAGGGUGGGAAGGAGUAGAACGAGAGAGGGAGGGAGGGACAGAGAGGGAGGGAAGGAGUAGAACGAGAGAGGGAGGGAGGGAAGGAGUAGAACGAGAGAGGGGGGAGGGACAGAGAGGGAGGGAAGGAAGGAGUAGAACAAGAGAGGUAGGGAGGGACAGAGAGGGAGGGAAGGAGUAGAACGAGAGAGGGAGGGAAGGAGUAGAACGAGAGAGAGGGGAGGGACAGAGGGGGAGGGAAGGAGUAGAACGAGAGAGGGGGGAGGGACAGAGAGGGAGGGAAGGAGUAGAACGAGAGAGGGGGGAGGGAAGGAGUAGAACGAGAGAGGGGGGAGGGACAGAGACGGAGGGAAGAAGUGGAAAGAGAGAGAGAGAGGGAGGGAGGGAGGGACAGAGAGGGAGGGAAGGAGUAGAACGAGAGAGGGAGGGAAGGAAGGAGUUAGAACGAGAGAGGGGGGAGAAUCAGAGAGGGGAGGGAAGGAGUAGAACGAGAGAGGGGGGAGGGAACAGAGAGGGAGGGAAGGAGUAGAACGAGAGAGGGAGGGAAGGAAGGAGUAGAACGAGAGAGGGGGGAGGGACAGAGAGGGAGGGAAGGAGUAGAACGAGAGAGGGGGAGAGGGACAGAGAGAGAGGGAGGGAAGAAGUAGAAAGAGAGAGGGAGGGAGGGACAGAGAGGGAGGGAAGGAGUAGAACGAGAGAGGGAGGGAGGGACAGAGAGGGAGGGAAGAAGUGGAAAGAGAGAGAGGGAGGGAGGGAGGGAGGGAGGGAGGGACAGAGAGGGAGGGAAGGAGUAGAACGAGAGAGGGAGGGAAGGAAGGAGUAGAACGAGAGAGGGGGGAGGGACAGAGAGGGAGGGAAGGAGUAGAACGAGAGAGGGGGGAGGGACAGAGAGGGAGGGAAGGAGUAGAACGAGAGAGGGGGGAGGGACAGAGAGAGAGGGAAGGAGUAGAACGAGAGAGGGGGGGAGGGACAGAGAGAGAGGGAGGGAAGAAGUGGAAAAGAGAGAGGGAGGGAGGGACAGAGAGGGAGGGAACGGAGUUAGAACGAGAGAGGGGGAAGGGACAGAAAGGGAGGGAAGGAGUAGAACGAGAGAGGGGGGAGGGACAGAGAGAGAGGGAGGGAAGAAGUGGAAAGAGACAGGGAGGGAGGGGACAGAGAGGGAGGGAGGAGUAGAACGAGAGAGGGGGGAGGGACAGAGCAGGAGGGAAGAAGUAGAAAGGAGAGGGGAGGGAGGGAGGAGGGACAGAGAGGGAGGGAAGGAGGUAGAACGGAGAGAGAGGGGGAGGGACAGAGGGAGGGAAAGGAAGAGUAGAAUGAGAGGGGGGGGGGACAGAGGGAGGGGAAGAAGUGGAAAAGAGGGAGGGGAGAGGGACAGAGAGAGGGAGGGAAUGACGUGAGUAGAACGAGAGAGGGGGGAGCGACAGAGAGGGAGGGAAGGAGUAGAACGAGAGAGGGAGGGAAGGAAGGAGUAGAACUUUAGAGGGGGGAGGGACAGAGAGGGAGGGAAGGAGUAGAACGAGAGAGGGGGGGAGGGACAGAGAGGGAGGGAAGGAGUAGAACAAGAGAGGGAGGGAAGGAAGGAGUAGAACGAGAGGGGAGGAGGGACAGAGGGAGGGAAGGAGUAGAACAAGAGAGGGGGGCGGGACAGAGAGGGAGGGAAGGAGUAGAAUGAGAGAGGGGGGAGGGACAGAGAGGGAGGGAAGGAGUAGAACAAGAGGGGGGAGGGACAGAGCAGGAGGGAAGAAGUAGAAAGAGAGAGGGAGGGAGGGACAGAGAGGGAGGGAAGAGAAGGGGGAGAUGUGAAGUUCUGCUGCACAUAUCAGAUGUUUAAGGCAGCCUCCCCACUGCCUGUCCUGUUUUCUCAGGCUCCAGAGCCAGGCCCAGAUGUAAACAAAGCCACCGGCUUUUGUUGUGUAAGCGCCCAUGCUGCUAAACUGACUCAGGAAGCUCUUUGCUUUAGGUCAGCCCUAAACAUGGGUAUCCUAUGGCCCUUGAUGUUAUUCUGGUGCCAUGUAGUGCAGUAUCAAAGCAGAGGAAACAUUUCACAUGAACUUGAGGGGAGAGAAGCUUCUGGUUAGGAAAGAACUUCAGAGGGUUUUGUGUUUUGGAUCAGAUUCAGGAGUGGGGCGGAGAGGAGAGAAGGGAAAUCACUCACCUAUAGCUCCGCCACUUCCAGCUUCACUGUUGACAGGUCUUCUGACAGGGGGACGUGGAUGAAAACAUUUGUUAUUCCAAGGAAUGUUUAUGGAAGAAUGUUAUAAGGAGAAAAUAAUCCCUGUUUCUCCAUUGAAAUCCCUUCACCAAGAAUCCCAUUGAAAUCAAUGUCCUCUAUGCAAGGUGAUUUCAACAUGGGAAUAACACGCAUGAAAAAAUGACGACAUAUCAAGAAAUUACUACGCCUUUGAGGUGUAAUUCUGUGUUUUCUUUGGCUAUUUUGUUUGGCUGCUUCCAACCCCUCAGGGUGUGUGUUUCCAUGGGGCUUGGUUUGGCUGCUUCCAACCCCUCAGGGUGUGUGUUUCCAGGGGGCUUGGUUUGGCUGCUUCCAACCCCUCAGGGUGUGUGUUUCCAGGGGGCUUGGUUUGGCUGCUUCCAACCCCUCAGGGUGUGUGUUUCCAGGGGGCUUGGUUUGGCUGCUUCCAACCCCUCAGGGUGUGUGUUUCCAGGGGGCUUGGUUUGGCUGCUUCCAACCCUCAGGGUGUGUGUUUCCAGGGGGCUUGGUUUGGCUGCUUCCAACCCCUCAGGGUGUGUGUUUCCAGGGGGCUUGGUUUGACAGCAACAAGACACAUUUCCGUCAUCUGAAAAGGAAAUGGACAUUAAAGUAUUCCUCUUCUUCUUUUCCACCAGAUUAACUUUGUGAAGGAGCAGUUCAAGGAGACCCAGAAGGAGUGGAUCUUGUUGGUGUGUAUAGGAGCCUCAUCUGGCGUGGGACGCCUCCUCUUCGGGAAAGUAGGAGACCUCAUUCCCGGAGCCAAGAAGAUCUGGAUGCAGGUGAGGAAACCCUCUUCAGCAUCCCAUUGUCAGCCUAAUUUGAACCAAUUUAGAUUUUAAAUAUCGGUUAGCACGUCAGCCACAUCCCCUUAGUUUUUCCCAUGAAUGGUGAGGCUACUACAUACUUCAAAUCUAUUACUAUUUCAAAUACAUAGGUAAAAUACUUGCUGCGCUUCAUUUAGUUUACCUGGUAAAAUGGAACUAAUGGAAUUGGUUGAAAGUAUUUGACAUGGAUUUGACCCAAGUUGGUUGCCAUGUUGGUCAGUUGCUUUGUUGUUUCUGUAUGAAGUGAAAGAGUAUAUAAGGGAAAAGGUAUUAGUCUGGAGAGAUGUAUUGGACAUAUUAGUCUGGAGAGAUGUAUUGGACAUAUUAGUCUGGAGAGAUGUAUUGGAUAUAUUAGUCUGGAGAGAUGUAUUGGACAUAUUAGUCUGGAGAGAUGUAUUGGACAUAUUAGUCUGGAGAGAUGUAUUGGAUAUAUUAGUCUGGAGAGAUGUAUUGGACAUAUUAGACUGGAGAGAUGUAUUGGAUAUAUUAGUCUGGAGAGAUGUAUUGGAUAUAUUAGUCUGGAGAGAUGUAUUGGAUAUAUUAGUUUGGAGAGAUGUAUUGGACAUAUUAGUCUGGAGAGAUGUAUUGGAUAUAUUAGUCUGGAGAGAUGUAUUGGACAUAUUAGUCUGGAGAGAUGUAUUGGAUAUAUUAGUCUGGAGAGAUGUAUUGGACAUAUUAGUCUGGAGAGAUGUAUUUGUAUUUAUUAUGGAUCCCCAUUAGUUCCUGCCAGGGCAGCAGCUACACUUCCUGGGGUCCAGCAAAAUUAAGGCAGUUAUACAUUUUAAAAACAUUACAAUACAUUCAUAACAGAUUUUACAACAUAUUAAGUGUGUGCCCUCAGGCCUCUACUCUACUACCACAUAUCUAGAACACAAAAUCCAUGUGUACAUGUGUGUAUAGUGCGUAUGUUAUCUUGUGUUUGUAUGCAUAUGUCUAUGUUUGUGUUGCUUCACAGUCCCCGCUGUUCCAUAAGGUGCUUUUUAUCUGUUUAUUAAAUCUAAUUUUACUGCUGGCUUGAGUUACUUGAUGUGGAAUAGAGUUCCAUGUAGUCAUGGCUCUAUGUAGUACUGUGCGUCUCCCAUAGUCUGUUCUGGACUUGGGGACUGUGAAGAGACCUCUGGUGGCAUGUAUUGUGGGGUAUGCAUUGGUGUCCGAGCUGUGUGCUAGUAGUUUAAACAGACAGCUCGGUGCAUUCAACAUGUCAAUACCUCUCACAAAAACAAGUAGUGAUGAAGUCAAUCUCUCCUCCACUUUGAGUCAGGACAGAUUGACAUGCAUAUUAUUAAUGUUAGCUCUCUGUGUACAUCCAAGGGCCAGCCGUGCUGCCCUGUUCUGAACCAUGCAUUUAAGUCCUCUUGUGCACCUGACCAGCACACGAACAUUAGUCGGGUGGAAAAACUGCCUGUAGGACUGCCAUAGUGCGUAAGGAGCAGGCAGCGCUUAUUAGACAGACAUCCUAGUCUGUUGUAUCAAUAUGUUUUGACCAUGACAGUUUUUGCCAUAUUAAUCUGGAGAGAUGUAUUGGACAUAGUCUGGAGAGAUGUAUUGGACAAAUCAGUCUGGAGAGAUCUAUUGGACAUAUUAGUCUGGAGAGAUGUAUUGGACAUAUUAGUCUGGAGAGAUGUAUUGGACAUUAACCUAAGUCUCCUCUCUCCGACACGUUACACAACGCCACCCAAAUUAAAAUGUAUGCCCGCACCACUGUACUGCAAGUCACUUUGGAGAAAAGUGUCUGCUAAAUGGCAUUCAUUAUUCUAUGUUUAUUGUCUCUGCUCUCCUCUCCCCCAGUCGGUGUCGUUCAUGGUGCUGGGGCUGAUGUCCAUGAUGAUCCCCCAGUGCACGGUGUUCGAGGGGCUGAUUGUGGUGUGUGUGUUCCUGGGGCUGUGCGACGGCUGCUUCAUCACAAUCAUGGCUCCUAUAGCCUUUGAGCUGGUGGGCCCCAUGCAGGCCUCCCAGGCUAUAGGAUACCUACUGGGACUCAUGGCCCUGCCCAUGACUGCAGGACCCCCCAUCGCUGGUGAGUACUAUCGGUUCCUCAGGUUACUAAACACUGACCUCAAAGAUUUUGAAUGGCAGGUGAGAAAGAGAUGGUUGACUUCUAUGUGACAGGCAAUUGCUGCUGAGUAUCACCUCAAAACUUUGGAGUGGAAGCCAAGGUGAUAAAAAGAUGGUUAGAUUCUCUUCAACAGGAACCUAUUCCUUCCAAUCGAGAAAAGUCAAGUCUGUAGCUAGCAUAGUAGUACCAUAUAAGUCCUUUGAGGAUAGCCACAUUCCAUAGGGAAUUAUAAACAGGGUAGGAUUAGGAUAAUGUAUUUUGUGUUGAUCAUGCCGUUGAGCUGACAUGUCUCAGCCAUGAACAUACGUAUAUUCACUGUGUUUAUGUACAGUUGAAGUCAGAGGUUUACAUACACUUAGGUUAGAGUCAUUAAAACUAGUUUUUCAACCACUCCACAAAUUUCUUGUUAACAAACUAUAGUUUUGGCAAGUCGGUUAGGACAUCUACUUUGUGCAUGACACAAGUAAUUUUUCCAACAAUUGUUUAUAGACAGAUUAUUUCACUUAUAAUUCACUGUAUCACAAUUCCAGUGGGUCAAAAGUGUACAUACACUAAGUUGACUGUGCCUUUAAACAGCUUGGCAAAUUCCAGAAAAUGAUGUCAUGGCUUUAGAAGCUUCUGAUUGGCUAAUUGACAUCAUUUGAGUCAAUUGGAGGUGUACCUGUGGAUGUAUUUCAAGGCCUACCUUCAAACUUAGUGCCUCUUUGCUUGACAUCAUGGGAAAAUCAAAAGAAAUCAGCCAAGACCUCAGAAAGAAAAUGGUAGACCUACACAAGUCUGGUUCAUCCUUGGGAGCAAUUUCCAAACGCCUGAAGGUACCACGUUCAUCUGUACAAACAAUAGUAUGCAAGUAUAAACACCAUGGGACCACGCAGCCAUCAUCCCGCUCAGGAAGGAGACGCGUUCUGUCUCCUAGAGAUUAACGUACUUUGGUGCGAAAAGUGCAAAUCAAUCCCAGAACAACAGCAAAGGACCUUGUGAAGAUGCUGGAGGAAACAGGUACAAAAGUAUCUAUAUCCACAGUAAAACGAGUCCUAUAUCUACAUAACCUGAAAGGCCGCUCAGCAAGGAAGAAGCCACUGCUCCAAAACUGCCAUAAAAAAGCCAGACUACGGUUUGCAACUGCACAUGGGGACAAAGAUCUUACUUUUUGGAGAAAUGUCCUCUGGUCUGAUGAAACAAAAAUAGAACUGUUUGGCCAUAAUGAUCAUCAUUAUGUUUGGAGGAAAAAGGGGGUGCUUGCAAGCUGAAGAACACCAUCCCAACCAUGAUGCACGGGGGUGGCAGCAUCAUGCUGUGGGGGUGCUUUGCUGCAGGAGGGACUGGUGCACUUCACAAAAUAUAUGGUAUCAUGAGGAAGGAAAAUUAUGUGGAUAUAUUGAAGCAACAUCUCAAGACAUCAGUCAGGAAGUUAAAGCUUGGUCGCAAAUGGGUCUUCCAAAUGGACAAUGACCCCAAGCAUACUUCCAAAGUUGUGGCAAAAUGGCUUAAGGACAACAAAGUCAACGUAUUGGAGUGGCCAUCACAAAGCCCUGACCUCAAUCCUAUAGAAAAUGUGUGGGCAGAACUGAAAAAGCGUGUGCGAGCAAGGAGGCCUACAAACCUGACUCUGUUACACCAGCUCUGUCAGGAGGAAUGGGCCAAAAUUCACCCAACUUAUUGUGGGAAGCUUGUGGAAGGCUACCUGAAACGUUUGACCCAAGUUAAACAGUUUAAAGGCGAUGCUACCAAAUACUAAUUGAGUGUAUGUAAUCUUCUGACCCACAGGGAAUGUGAUGAAAGAAAUAAAAGCUUAAAUAAAUCAUUCUCUCUGCUAUUAUUCUUUACAUUCUUAAAAUAAAGUGGUGAUCCUAACUGACCUAAGACAGGGAAUGUUUACUAGGAGUAAAUGUCAGGAAUAGUGAAAAACUGAGUUUAAAUGUAUUUGGCUAAGGUGUAUGUAAACUUCUGACUUCAACUGUACGUCAUUGGUUUUAGCUCUAAAUGUAGCUGGUCUAUAGAGUAAAUAGAGUGAGGCUUCAUCUCAAAUGGCACCUUAUUCCCUUUAUAGUGCAGUACUUUCUACCAGGGCCCAUAAAGCUCUAGUCAAAAGUAGUGCACUAUAUAGGGAAUAGGGUGAAAUUUGGGACGGACACUGAUUAAAGUGGCUGAGUUCCAGGGCUGGUGAUUUGUUACAUAGGGAAUAAGAUACAGAGGGAGGAGUAGUCUCAGAUAGCAGAUAGUUUAGCGAUGGGUUGUUGACAUUAUGGCUGCAUUUAUGGGGCUCUGCUACUCUGCUGUGUCCCGGCUCGUCCUCCUUCUCAUAGCCUCAGUGUUCUGUAUUGACAUUGUGUCCUGUGAGGCCUGGCUGAAUCUCUCUCUCUCUCUGCUUAGUGCCAGAUGUUGGAGGAGUUAUCUAUCUCGUUUUCAGUUCUUGUUUAUGGCAGGGCCACUUAGCUAGCUCCUGACUGAAUAUUUUGGCCAGUGUUGCCCAUCACCCUGGACAUACACUAGACACACUUUACUGAGGAACAUUUUAACAAAAUGUUCCCCAAUUUAGUGUUGCUCAUGGUUUCUAUGGUUACCCUAUAAUAAUAAUAAAGCAAAGACAUGCCCUUAGCUGAUGCCUGACUGCUGAUGCUGUACCAUCUGACAGCCCUCCAGACUAAUAAACUAUUUCUUAUCUUCUUAGACAUUUUUAUGACUGCUAAUUAUUAGUUCUGAGCUAGUUCCUUGAAGUAAAACAGACAAAUAGGUAAAACUACUUGAAUCACCAAGAUAGUGGGUGAAUCUCAAAGCACAUUGGAGCAAAAGAUCUAAAGCUCCUCCCCUCAAAUCUUCUUCACCAAUGAAUUUUGAGAAAGAGGCGUUGAGUGGACACGAGGAAUCAAGGAAAUACAAUUGAGAUUCACACAGUGAUUCUAUCUUGAAUAACGAGUAGUGGUUCUAUACACUACAUCUGAAACCUCUCCCUCCCUUGUCCCCCAGGACUCCUGCGUGACUACUGUGGUGAUUACAACAUGGCCUUCUACCUGGCAGGGGGCCCUCCCAUCGUGGGGGGCAUGGUGCUGUUCUUUGUGCCCCUGAUACACCGGCGGCAGCAGAGAGCCUUUGAGGGCCAGGGUGCAGGGCCCGAGGACCCCAGCACGGAUCACAUGCAGCCCCCGGCAGGGGGCCCCUUGGCCUGCUCUAACGGAGACAUGCUGCCUGGAUACACUGACGUGGAGACACACAUCUGAGUAGCACUACACAAAGGUAUGAGAGGGGAGACACACACACACAUUCACACACACACACACAGAUCCUUGAUUGAAACCGCGGGCAUCUUCUCAUGUUUUUCCUUUCCUUCUUCCUUCUCUCAGGGAUUAUAUUCACCAGAUCUGUCCGUCCCUGCACCUCCUGCCUUCCCCGGCCCCUGACCCCCGGCCCCUAACCACGGACUACCUGCUGAUGUACCUCUUAACCUCUGACACAGUUUCUAUAGGAAGACCCCUCCUGUCUAUAGGAACCCCCCUCCUCUCAGAACGCCAUUAGUUCCUUAUAGUGGUCCCUGUGGUCUACGGAGAGAGGGGAAGAAGGUUUUUUUUGCCCUCUGAAGCAAAGGAGGAACACAUCGCUGAUCAACCUCCUUGAACAAAGAGAGAGACAAUUGGCAUUAUCAUAGGACCUGGGCAUCACACAAUCCAAAACAGUGCUCUCUUUCCCUGUGUCUUUAAGCUCAUCUAAAAUGGUUUUAGACUUUAAAAUGUGAAUGCACGCUAAGUAUUUGCCGUAAGAGCCAGCCGCCUGAAAAUAUAUAUUUUAAAAUUCUGUAGCGUCUGUAAUCAGAGUAUGUAAAUGUUUUAAUAUACUUCAGUUGGUUUUUAAAUGACAGAUUAUUCAGAAGGAUAAAUAGUAUUAGAGUAAUUGAAUGGAGUACUUUGUACUUCUCUUUCUAGACCACAAGCAUCUCACACUUUAUUUCAUGUUAUUUUCUGUCUGUAGGUGUUUCAUUAUAUAGAUCUAGGGCAUAAUAUAGGACAUUUGAAAGAUUUCAGUUAUUAUGACAACUUAUUGCAGUUACAUUUUACAAGUCUCAAUUUAUUUUGUUUAUGAUCGAUCAAGGAAGAACACAUAUCUGUUUCAGUUUUGUAUUAUACUAUAGGUUUCAAUGGUGAUACCCCCUGGGAAAAGCCACUAAAACGAAGUCACCUCAACCACAUACAGUACCAGUCAAAGGUUUGGACACACCUACUAAUUCCAGGGUUUUUCU